AUGUACACAAAUACCCAAGCAUCUACUGAGACUAGACAACAAGACGAUCUAUUGGCAACAAUAAUCCCAUUACUUGAUGAAAAGCAACCCUAUGAAAAAUUCGAACAUCUUGAUUGUCCUGAUAUCGAGACAUAUAACAAUAGAAAACUUCUAAGAAUACAAGGCUCUCUCGUUGGUCUUGCUAUAGGUGAUGCUCUCGGAGCAUCAGUGGAAUUUCGACCUCAUUCAUAUUUGCAACAAUAUAAAGUGAAAGAUAUGCAAGAUGGUGGUACAUGGGGUUUAAAAGCAGGCCAAUGGACGGACGACACAUCUAUGACACUUUGCCUCGCAGCUAGUCUUAUAGUUAAAGGAGAAUUCGAUCCUUAUGAUCAAUUCAUAAGAUAUAAACGAUGGUAUAAAGAUGGAUAUAUGUCUUCUACUGGCCUAUGUUUUGACAUUGGAAAGUCUACAAGGCAAGCAAUUAUCGAAUUUGAAAAGCGUCAGAAAAAAGUUCUUCAUGAAUUAGUCCAAAAAAACAAAGCCACCAAAGACACUUCUCUUGAUGAAAUAAAAAACCAAGAUUUUCUAUCUCAUUACGAUCUAAAAUGUGGACCACCAGAUUCUGCUGGUAAUGGAUCACUUAUGCGUUUAGCACCGAUACCUUUAUUUUUUUCCGAAUCGUAUGAUUUCGUCAAGCAAUACAUCGAUAAAGCUACAAUACUUACACACAAUGAUAUAAGAGCGAUCGAAGCUUGUCAAUUUUACGCUGGUCUUAUUUGGUAUGCCUUAAACGGUACAUCCAAAGAAGACCUUUUACGUCCAGAUUUUUAUCGACGCGUUUUGAAUAUAAAUUUACAUGGAGAUGUUCUGAGCGUUGUUCAAGGUUCUUAUAAAAACAAGAAUGGAUAUGAAGAUGGUAUCCGUGGAAAAGGCUAUGUAGUAAAUGCGCUCGAAGCUGCUUUAUGGGCAUUUUAUAAUGACGGAAAUUCUUUCGAUAAAGGUGUUCUUCUUGCUGUGAAUUUAGGUGAUGACACAGAUACAACAGCAGCUAUCUAUGGACAGCUUGCCGGUGCUGUAUAUGGUAUUGAUCGCAUUCCUUCAGACUGGGUUAAAAAAUUAUUUCAAGGAAAAUUUAUCAAGACUCUAGCAAAUGCUUUAUACAUCAGGGGAAAAUCAUUGAAGAGUGAACAACAGAAAUCAGACGAGUCAAAUGGAGGUGAUCGAAAUCGUUGCCACACAAGUGAGGAUAACAAAGGAUCUUCAGAUUCGAAACCAAGCGGAACUGCUACAUCGCAUCCUAACCAAAAUGUAGGUGUGAAUAGUACAUCGCAUCACGCCCAAUCCACGGCGUCGAAAAAUAUAUCCGAUCGCGACCAAUCCAGAAACGUGCAUAAUGCAUCGCACAAAGGUGGACAGGGAAAGGUGAAUGAUGCACCACCCGGCAAUGACAAAAUUAAUGUAAUAUAUGAAGUGUAA